CAGGCGGCAGCUGCGGGCCUCAGCUAUGUUGGGGCGUAUGUCAUCAACACCUACAAGAGCUACGACAACUUUCUGCAGGACAAGUACGCCCUGCUGCCGGCCGUGAUCAUAAUUUGCGUGGCCGUGGUGAUGUUCAUCAUCGGGCUGAUCGGCUGCUGCGCCACCUUCCGCGAGUCCCGGGUCGGGCUGGGGCUGUUCUUGGCCAUUAUCCUGGUUAUCUUCAUUGCAGAAGUGUCCGCUUUUGUCUUGGGAUUUGUUUACAGGGAAAAGGUAAAAACUGAUGUGCAAGGUACAAUGCACUCCGUCUUUGAGAAGUAUGAUGGCAAAAACCCGGAGUCUACAGUUGUGGAUUACUUGCAAGAACAGCUUCACUGCUGCGGGGUUAAGAACUACAGUGACUGGACAACCACCCAGUGGUUCAAUUCCACUGGGAACAACAGUGUUCCUCUGAGCUGCUGCCAGCAAGAGGCCAAGAACUGCACCGGGCACCUGGAUCAGCCUCAGGAACUCAACACCCGGGGCUGUGCGCAGGAGCUGGAGUCUGGGCUGCAGAGCGUUAUCAGCUAUGCCAUGCUUGUAAUCCUGGGGUUUGCCAUCGUAAAGGUAAACACUCCUGUCUCUUCCCUCAUGGAAAAUACACUUGUUUGCCCUUGGAUCUCGGCACUGGCUGCCUGGGAGAAGAGACCGACCCUCACCUGCCCCACAACCCCCGUUAAUGCCCGGCAUUCCGCCCAGCGCUCCCGCCUCCCCGCCCCGCUUUCCCUCAGCGCGGCGCCCGCUCCGCCCUUUCCGCCCGCCCGGGCGCUCCCCUCAGUGCGCAUGCGCCCUCCCCGCCCUCCCUAA